GGGCCGGAGCACGGUGGUGGCUGGACCCCGGGGAAGAUGGCGGCGGCCGUGGCGGGCCCACGUGGGCGCGGGACGGCGGCGGGCGCGGGCACCGACAGCGAUUCUGAGUUAAGCUCAGAACUUCCAGAAGACAGCUACUCUUCAGGAGAUGAAGCCCUGGAUGGUGAUGAUGAAGAUGAAACAGCAGCCCCUGGCAAUGUGGUUGAAGAGGCAACAACCUCCAAAGAUGGCCCAAGUUCAGGCUGGGCAGAUGCCAUGGCAAAAGUGCUCAACAAAAAGAUUCCACAGAAUAAGUCCACCAUCUUGUCCAAGAAUAAAAGCUUGGAGAAGGAGAGAGAAAAGGAAAAACAAGAAAGGCUGGAAAAGAGGAUGAAGCUCGAUAAAAAGCGGGAAUGGGAAAUGAUGUGCCGAGUGAAGCCAGAUGUUGUCAAAGACCGAGAGAAAGAAAGAAAUCUUCAGAGAAUUGCCACAAGAGGUGUUGUACAAUUAUUUAAUGCUGUCAGGGCGCACCAAAAGAACAUUGAUGAGAAGAUGAAGAAAGCUGGGAGCUCUGACAGGCGGCGUGCUAAACUGCUGUCUUCUGUUUCAAAGAAAGAUUUCAUCAAUGUUUUAAGAAACAUGGAGGGUGCUAAAGGAGGCAAGAAUGAUGGAAAGGCCACAAAAUGUAAAGAGGGUGAAGUGAAGUCUGAAGAGGGGCCAGAGUGGAAUAUACUGCGUGAUGACUUCAUGAUGGGAGCAUCUAUGAAGGACUGGGACAAGGAAAGCGAUGGAGAGGGUGAUACUGAACAAGGAGGUGGUCUGAAACAAGAAGAUGACAGUGACUGAAUGAAACUGAAAACAAUUCAAGAUAAUGUCUUGUCUUCUUAACUUUGUUUGGAUAAAAAGUCAGCAUUCUGUGAAUGUACAACACUUGGAGGAUACCUCUUUUUUUAAAAAAAAAAAAAGACUUACACAACCUUGGAGUGUUUUCUCCUCCAUGUCAAACUUUUAUUUAAUAUAGCUCCAUUUGCUAUACUGAAAUCCUGAAAUAUUUUCCAAAACAAGUAUAAUUUUCAACAUAUUUCCAAAACAUUUUGUACAGUCAAAAUAGUGGCACUUGCCCAAUGAAGGAAAGAUUUUGCCAAGGUCAUUAAAAGUUUAUACAUUAGUCAUGGCAAUUGAUGUAUUAGCAUGCCUGCAUUUCCAAAUCAGUGUUGCACUUCGAAAAGUUGUUGCAAUUUGCAAUAGAAAUGACUUACAAUAAACACAGAAAUGCCGUCACCUUGUAAAGUUA